AUGUCAUCCUAUUCAAUAUCAUCAGCUCGACCAAAAACUUCAGCUGGAUCACGAGCCACUUCAGCACGUGGCGUAAGACGUCCUACUACAGCAUCAAGGAACGUAAAUGAACGUCCUCUCAGUAGAACAUCAAUGACUGCAGACGGUAACCUUGUACAGCGUGCAGCGCUGGAAAUAGCGUUGAAGGAAAUUGCAAAUGCCAUGAGAAUUCAGGGUGAACGCGUUCAAAGUCGAGCGGGUACGGCAACUCAAAGCACUACUUCAAUUGUGCGUCCUCCGACAUCUGGUUUCAGUCGAAAUGUCGCACCGCCUGGUUCUUCAAUGAGGCCUAUCACACAGCAAGGUUUAUCCGGUGUUCGUGCUCCACCUAGUAGAAUCGGAGCAAAUCGGCAAAUUCUUGAUACAUCCUAUUACAUUUCAUUAUUACGGCAAAAAAGCAGUGAGCUUUCAUCUGAAAUUGAAAUGUUGAGAAAAGAAUUGGACAGAGGCGAACGAGAUCAGCAAAAUUUGAUGAUUUAUGAGAGAAGGGCUGAAGAAGAAGCGAAUACAAUCCGCGAUCUACAAGGGCGUCUUUUGGAUUGUAAUAUGAUCGUCGAUAGACUGAAUACAAACUGGGAUUUGGGCGAGCUGGAAGAAGAGCUAAACGAACUCCAAUUGCGAAACGAUGAAGCUGAAAAAAGUUUGCAUGAACUAUUUGCUGAUCGUCAACAAAGUGAGAAUGAAAUCGAAGAGAUUCAAAAGCAAAUCGAUUCAGAGAAAGCAAAAAAUGGUGACAUAAUAAGUGAUAUGGAUAUAAGCGUCCGUGAGCAAUUCGAAGAACUGAAGCAAGAGGCAUUAAGGCUAAAUGAGGAUUACAGUACGAAGGAACAACAACUGUCUGAACUGAAUCAACGAAAAGAGGAAUUGGAUGAAGAAAUGGCCAAUUCUACGCUUAAACAAAGAGCUAGUUGGAGGCUUUCAGCUGUUUAGAUCGAUUCGAUAAUGGAAAAUAUCGAUCAAUGUAACGAAGAGCUACGUGAAUUCGAAAGCGAAUAUGAUGGUAUAAUAGGUGAGAAGAGCGAAAAAUAUCGUGAGCUGAAAAUGAAAGAGAUUCAAAUCGAUGAAUUUUUGGACUCGUAUGAACAACUCAAAAUAGAACAAGAGAAUCGAGUUGUGCACAAUUCAGAAGAUAUCUUACGUUUUCUUGAAAUAAUUUCAUUGAAUUGCACCAAAACAGACCUUACAACUGCUGCAACUAGUUUGGAUGCAUCUGCAGUGAUUUCAUUCAACGAUCCAACCAUAUCCUCAUCACAACUUCAAGAUUUACACGUUCGCUUGCAAGAAGAGCUGAUUACAUUGGAAGAAAACGAACGUAAACUAAGAUCCGACAUGAGUAAUUUUGUACAACGAAUGCAUGAAAUGAACAACAAAAUGGAAGAGUUCGAAGAUCGUAAUGCGUUGAGAGCGGAUAUUGAACAGAAGAAACAGGGAUUACAACAUCGUCGCGAUCAGUUGAACGAGAUUCUACCAGCUGUUGAAAGCAAAAAUCAACAACUCACAAGAGAUCUGGCGAAUGCACAAGCACAGUUAAACGAUAACGAUGAAUAUACGACGAAAAAGUGGCAAUACAUUGAACAGAACAGUGCUACGUUACGAGAAGCAGCUGCAGUAAAAGAUGCCGAGACAAAUUAUUCAAGACUGAAAGAGGAG